AUGAGGAACAUAUUUAUUUCUGAUUUUGAUGAAACAAUUACAAGUAGGGAUACUAUCGAAAUAAUAGCAGAGCUACCUUAUUUGUUAAAAUCCAAUUUUAAGCCAAAAUGGUCUCACUUUGUUCAAAAUUACAUGGAAGGUUUUGAUAACCUGUACGAUGCAAAUCUGCAUAAGAGAAAGUUACCGUUAAUCAAGAUUGAACCUUCUUUCAAACUUUCAACGCAAAACUACAGAAAACUGCUGGACAGUGAAUUUGCCUUCCAAUCAUUUAAUGCGUUGAUAGAAUUAAAUAGCAUCGAGGAGAUUUCUAGGUAUUCUGUUUUCAAAGACAUUACUGUGGCUCAAAUGAAAGAUUAUGCAACAUCUAAACUAAUCGAUGAACCAUUGUUACUGAGAAAAGACUUCACAACUUUGGCAAAGUUGAAAAUAAAGAAAGAAGACUUUUACGUUGUUUCCGUUAAUUGGUCAACCGAAUUUAUUUCUGAGAUAUUGAAAGAAAGAUUACUGAGCGAGCAACACAUCUUCUGUAAUAAUCUCUUAGUUGAAGGCGAGAAGUAUACAGGAGAAUUUUCCAAUAAACUACUAACAGGAUCUGACAAAGUAACUGUACUAGAGGAUCUUUUAGCAGAUUUAAAACUGAAAGAGGAAGGUACGAAGUAUUGGUAUAUCGGUGAUAGUGAGACAGAUCUACUUUGUAUCUUGCAUCCUAGAGUAAAUGGGGUCUUGUUACUAGAUCCGAAACAUAAGAGAGCUAGAUUUGAUGAGAUUACAUUGAAAAUCUUGGGGCUUCCAAUCGAUGAAAUUAAUGAAUUCUGUCAGAAUGAUCGAGUGCAUUAUUUGAAGUUCGACAUCAAAGAGGGAAACAAUGCUCUUUACUUAAUCAAGUCGUGGGAAAGUUUUGACAGAAUUUUGACAGACGAAAACAUCAUUACAUAA